CUACAGAUGGAGUCACUGUGCGAGUCAAAGGCAGAGAGACUUCAAACUGGGCACCAGAGCAGGAUCCCUGCGGGUAAAGAGUCCACGUCUUUGAUCCAUGAACGCAUCCAACUCUUCAUGAGCACCAUCCGUUGUUGGAAACCCGGGACAUUUCAAGGAUUAGACGAUCUGCGGAGCGCGGCGGUGGUAUGGCUUUUGACUGUGGAUGUGUAAUUUUGACGCGCAGGAGUCCCCUCCUAACUCCCUUCUGCGCAAGCGCACCAGUGCGUCACCGUCCUCUACCUGUGAGGAGCACACCUGGAUCCAACGAGACGGAAGUUUAGUGCGGUCUGAACACCGAGCAAAUCUUUUUAGUAUUAUUAUCCUUUAUUUUAGUAGUUUUUCCCCUCCGCAAAAAGUUGAUUUUGGAGUUCAAGCAACCGGCAGACGGUAUCCAAUUGAAGCAGGAUGCCAGUCGUUGAAUUCAGAGGACUUUGCCAACCUUAACCUGUAGUUCAGCGACUCAUGCUGAGCCUCAGUGCCAAGUCUGCCUUCUCUCCAUUCAAGAAGAAUGACAGUUCUUCGCAGAGUGCUCCGAAGGCGAUUGCACCCACUUAAACUGGUGAUAGUUGCCCUAGUCUUUGUCACGUUUGUGUUCUUGAUACAAUGGGAAGUGGGAAGCCAGAGCGAACCGGAGGACCCGUGGCUAAAGGAGAUGGCGGUGAAGCGGGAUACCAUGCUGGAUAUGGUGAUGGGAGCUGUCAAUAACUUAAGAGAUGUGAUGCCAAAGAUGCAGAUCAGAGCCCCCAUACGUCAGCAGGACAAAGCGGACGGCGCGGCCUGUCUGCCAGGUCACUAUACCGCUGCUGAGCUCAGGCCGGCUCUGGAGAGGCCGCCCCAGAACCCCCUGGCUCCUGGAGCUGCUGGGAAACCUUUCAACACAGACUCACUGAGCCCCGAAGAGCAGAAAGAGAAGGAGAGGGGUGAAGAGAAACACUGCUUUAACUUAUAUGCAAGUGACCGCAUCUCCUUAAGCAGAGACCUGGGUGCAGACACAAGACCGCCAGAAUGCAUUGAGCAAACCUUCAAGCGGUGCCCCCCCUUGCCGACCACCAGCGUGAUAAUUGUGUUUCACAAUGAGGCUUGGAGCACUCUGCUCAGAACGGUAUACAGUGUCCUGCACACCUCCCCUGCUAUUCUCCUCAAGGAGAUCAUCCUGGUGGACGACGCCAGCGUGGAUGAUGUGCUGAAGGAUGAGCUGGAUGAGUAUCUGAAGCAGCUGAACAUUGUGCGCGUGGUCCGCCAACGAGAGAGGAAAGGCCUCAUAACUGCUCGGCUGCUGGGUGCCUCCGUAGCCACUGGUGACACGCUCACCUUUCUGGAUGCCCAUUGUGAAUGCUUUAACGGAUGGCUGGAGCCUUUGCUGGCGAGGAUAGCUGAGAACUACACUGCAGUAGUGAGCCCUGACAUAACCACUAUCGACCUCAAUACGUUUGAGUUUAUGAAACCAUCCCCAUAUGGCCAGAACCACAACCGGGGCAACUUUGACUGGGGUCUGUCUUUUGGCUGGGAGAGUCUACCGGACCAGGAAAAACGCAGGAGGAAGGAUGAAACCUAUCCUAUUAAGACUCCCACAUUUGCUGGCGGGCUCUUCUCCAUCUCAAAAGAUUAUUUCUACCAUAUUGGAAGCUACGAUGAACAAAUGGAAAUCUGGGGUGGCGAGAAUAUUGAGAUGUCAUUUAGGGUGUGGCAGUGCGGUGGACAGCUGGAGAUCAUCCCCUGCUCCAUCGUUGGUCAUGUUUUCCGAACGAAAAGCCCCCACACCUUUCCCAAGGGCACACAAGUUAUUGCUCGCAACCAGGUGCGGCUGGCUGAGGUCUGGAUGGAUGACUACAAGGAGAUCUUCUACCGCCGUAACCAGCAAGCUGCACAGAUCUCAAAAGACAGGACUUUUGGAGACAUCUCCAAACGCAUGGACCUCCGAGCACGGCUGCAGUGCAAGAGCUUCUCCUGGUAUUUGACGAACAUUUAUCCAGAAGUCUUCAUGCCCGAUCUCAACCCACUGCGCUUUGGCUCAGUGAAAAAUAUAGGCAAGGAUUCGUGUCUGGACGCUGGUGAGAACAACGAGGGGGGGAAGCAGCUGAUCAUGUAUCCGUGUCACGGUCUAGGAGGAAACCAGUAUUUUGAGUACUCCACACAUUACGAAAUUAGACACAACAUUCAAAAGGAGCUGUGUUUGCAUGGGGCAGUGGCGGCGGUGAAGCUGGACGACUGCCAGUAUAAAGGCAGGAACACGUUUGUCGGGGCAGAGCAAAAAUGGGAACUGAAAGAUAACCAAUUAUUCUACAUCCCAGGAUGGAACAUGUGUCUGAGUGCUCGUCAUGAGCAUCCUUCUCUGGCACUCUGCAACCCCUCAGACAGAUACCAGCACUGGGCCUUUGUCUGAAUGAGCGAAAUACCACUUUAUAAAUAGCUCCUCUGUGUGCCUCGGCAUACUAGAACACAAGUAUACGAUACUGUAUGCAGUCCAGAUGUAUGCAGAUAUCCUUUGUUUGUUUGUCUGUUUUUUUAGAUUAUUGAUAACACUGAGUUAUAAUUUAUUUUUUACAUAGAGGGACUGAAGUUCUGCUGCUUUGGAAGAAACCAUAGUUUGUGACUGCUGGAACUGAGCAGGGUAGUCUUGGGACAGUGAAGAUGCAUUGUCUUGACAAGUGCUUCGUUUGUGCUAGAGAUGCUUUCACCACUCUUAAGUCUUCACAACCAAAACGUGCAGUAUUGGCAAUUUAAAGCCAACAAAGAAUAUUUUUUAGUGAGGAGAUACUGUAUAUGAACAAAAAAAUAGAGUAGUCUUCUACAUUAAGCUAAAAAAUCACACAUAAAAAAAAAAUCCUAAUGUUGUGCACCAAAGAAAGGGCAAUGAAGACCUAAAACAGACUUCCUUUUUUUGCCGGGAAUGAAUAACCUUUUAUUUGCUACCACCCCAGUGCCUUCAAUGCAAUUUUGCUUUUCUUUCGAUGCAGAACUUGGGCUUCUACAAUACUGUGAUUAAAAGGGUAGUAGAUACACUUAAAUUAUUUCCUUAAGUAUUUUUUUUUUAAAAGUCAGUCUUUUUCAAACUUUUUCAAUAUGAGGAGACAUUGACAAGAAAGAAUGACUGAAUAGCAUUUUUAUUUUUUAAUGAUGAGGGAAAGCAAGUUGGGUCUUAAAUCUGUAUUAUGUACAGAUAGUCAAACACAGUUUGAGUUGUAUUAUUCUUAAAGUCUCUAUGUAAUUAUUAGAAAAGGAAAAAAAAUCUAAGCUGUGGUGAUUUUAAAAGGGAACUUGAAAUUAUUGCCCCCAGGGAACUCAAAUGCCUGAAACUCUCCUUCCACAUCUGAGCAGGAGUCCACAGGUGAAUUUCUGGUGCAGGCACUGGUGUUUAGAUGGAUGUGGAAUACUGUUAUUUACCUUGUCUCUGGGUGAAGAACAGGUCAAAUGUGCUUGUUUUCCUUAAAUGGAAAUCGUAAUGAGUGCCUUGGUGUAAAGAUGUGUUAUUUUGAGCUCAAUAAAUUCAUUUGGGUAUCAUUGAGA